AUGACGACGACGGCCGUGGGCGAAGGAAGGCUGCCGCCGUCGGAGAUUGUGAUCCUGACCACCAUAAACAGGGCGUGGGCAGAGCCAGGGUCGCUUCUGGAUCUGUUUCUGGAGAGCUUCUGGAACGGGGAAGGGACGAAGGAGCUGUUGCGGCAUUUGGUGAUCGUGUCGCUGGACCACAAGGCGCACCAGUACUGCCAAGCCGUGCAUCCGCACUGCUAUGCGCUGACGACUCCUGGCGUCAAUUUCACGGGGAACGCCGCUACAAGCAAGAGCGACGAGUACAUGCGCGUCGUCUGGCGGAGAACGGAGUUCUACACCUCCGUUUUAAACCUAGGGAUUGACUUCCUUUUCACGGAUGCAGACAUUGUGUGGUUACGAAAUCCGUUCCCACACUUGCACGAACAAGUCGAUUUCCAAGCGGCUUGUGAUUACUACUCCGGGGAUGAUUCUGACCUCCGCCACAUCAUCAACACCGGGUUUAUCUUCGUGAGAUCCAAUGAUAGAACUCGUCGGUUCUACAAGUUUUGGUACGACUCAAAGGAUAGGUUCCCAGGAGUGAAAGAGCAAGACGUGCUCAACAGUAUCAAAUUCGAGCCUUUCCUCAAUGACAUUGGGUUGCAGAUCAAGCUCCUUGACACGGACCACUUUGGCGGGAUCUGUCAACCGAUUAAGGAUCUCAAAGUGGGUUGCACCAUGCAUGCAAUAUGCUGCAUCGGCCUAGAGUCUAAGAUUCAAGCACUCACGGUUAUCCUUCAAGAUUGGAAGCGCUUCUCGUCUGCACCUGCUGAGUCGAGAUCGAACCUGUCGACCUCCUUUGCUUGGAAGCCUCAUCGCACUGGGUGCUGGUACGUACGUGCGCGCGAUAUUUCUGAUUGGCGCAUGCAUUUGUGUUUUUAA